CAUUACGAUUUACUUGUUACGCAGUCGGUUGUGUACAUUGACAUUUUUAAAUUGUUUUUCCGCUUUUCGGGAGCCCAGGAAAAUUUUUCGGCUUUGCCACCGAAAUUUUUUGCGGGUGAAGCUUGACACAUUUUUGGGGCAGUCGUCAUUACGCUGUUCGUUAAUUACGGAAGGAUGAAUCCGGCAUAACCUUCAUUUGGCGCUAAUCAUAAUAGAAAUCAAUUUGUUCAAUUGUUGUUUAAAUUAGGAUUCCUGGUGCAGCACGAGUUUAUCAACGAAAUGAAGAUCACUGUCGAUGGAUUGAUCGUGUACUUCCCAUAUGAUUACAUUUAUCCAGAGCAAUAUGCCUAUAUGUUAGAGCUAAAGAAAGGUCUGGAUGCCAGGGGCCACUGUCUCCUGGAAAUGCCCUCAGGGACAGGCAAAACUGUGACUCUGCUCUCCCUGAUUGUAGCCUACAUGUUGGCGAAUCCCCUGUCAGUGACAAAAUUGAUAUACUGCUCUCGUACAGUCCCUGAGAUUGAAAAGGUCAUCGAAGAACUGAAGACACUGAUGGAUUAUUACGAGAAGGAGACGAAGAGCCGACCCAAGAUGGUCGGUGUGGUGCUGUCCUCGCGUAAAAAUAUGUGCAUCCAUCCAGAGGUGAGCAGAGAACGAGAAGGAAAAAUAGUGGAUGGUCGCUGUCACUCUUUAACUGCCUCGUACGUUAGAGCCCGUCAUAAUUACGACGACACCACACCAAUUUGCAACUACUUCGAGGGCUUUGACAUGGAGGGACGAGAGCGUAUGAUGCCUCCAGGUAUUUACUCGAUCGAUGAUCUGAGGGACUACGGCCGAGACCGCAACUGGUGUCCAUAUUUUCUCACUCGUUUCACAAUUCUCCACGCCCAGAUAAUCGUCUACAGUUACCAUUAUCUCCUGGACCCGAAGAUAGCUGAUGUUGUCUCGAAAGAGCUCACGAAGAGUUCAGUAGUUGUCUUUGACGAGGCGCACAACAUCGACAACGUCUGCAUCGACUCCAUGAGUGUGAAAAUCAAUCGUCGAACAAUGGAUAAGUGUGCAGCUAACAUUCAACUCCUGGAGAAGACAGUGGCAGAGAUGAGGAACGAGGACGCCAACAAAUUGAAAGAGGAGUACCAGCGACUGGUGGAGGGCUUGAGGGAUGCGCACGUUGCGAGAGAGACAGACGUGAUCCUGGCGAAUCCAAUUCUGCCCGAUGAGGUCCUGGAGGAGGUAAUCCCAGGGAAUAUAAGGAAUGCAGAGCAUUUCGUGAGUUUUCUCAAACGUUUUGUAGAAUACCUCAAAACAAGACUGAGAGUCCAACACGUGGUGCAGGAGUCCCCCUCAAUCUUCCUCCACGAUAUCCAAACGAAGGUCUGCAUCGAGAGAAAACCAUUGAGAUUUUGUGCUGAACGACUGGCCUCGUUGCUGAGGACCAUGGAGAUCACAGACUUGACUGACUUUUCUCCUCUUAUUCUCGUCACUCAUCUGGCGACUUUAGUGUCGACUUACACCAGUGGAUUUACCAUAAUCGUCGAGCCUUUUGAUGACAAAACGCCUACCGUGCUGAACCCUAUCCUCCAUUUCAGCUGUAUGGACUCGUCAAUCGCCAUGAAACCAAUUUUCGAUAGGUUUCAAUCUGUAAUUAUCACCUCAGGAACAUUAUCCCCCCUGGACAUGUACCCGAAGAUCUUGAAUUUUCAUCCUGUCAUCAUGUCGUCCUUCACUAUGACUCUGGCUAGACCAUGUCUCCUCCCCAUGAUUGUUGCCAAAGGUAACGACCAGGUGGCAAUCUCCUCGAAAUACGAGACAAGAGACGACGUAGCUGUCAUCAGAAACUAUGGACAGCUGCUGGUAGAGUUCUCAUCGACGGUCCCUGAUGGAAUCGUCUGCUUCUUCACUUCGUACCUGUACAUGGAGUCUGUGAUUGCUGCAUGGUAUGAUCAAGGGGUUGUAGAUCAAUUGCAGAGGCACAAGCUCCUGUUCAUAGAGACCCAGGACUCUGCUGAGACCAGUCUGGCUCUGAUAAAUUAUAUCAAGGCCUGUGAGAAUGGCAGGGGUGCUGUUCUACUGUCUGUCGCCAGAGGAAAAGUUUCGGAGGGUGUUGACUUCGAUCAUCACCUGGGGAGAGCUGUGCUUAUGUUUGGAAUUCCAUACGUCUACACCCAGUCCAGGAUUCUUAAGGCUAGGCUUGAGUACCUCAGGGAUCAGUUUCAAAUACGAGAGAAUGAUUUUCUCACUUUCGAUGCUAUGAGACACGCAGCUCAGUGCGUUGGACGUGCCAUCAGGGGAAAAACUGAUUAUGGAAUAAUGGUUUUUGCUGAUAAGAGGUUCUCCAGGAUUGACAAACGUAGCAAAUUGCCAAAGUGGAUUCAGGAACAUCUCACUGAUAAUCUAUGUAAUCUAUCCACUGAAGAAGCUAUUCAGAUUGCUAAGAGGUGGCUCAGACAAAUGGCACAGCCAUUUAGUCGAGAGGAUCAACUGGGUUUAUCACUUCUCACCAAAGAACAACUUGAGAAAGAGGAGUGCAGGAAAAUCCAAGAGAAAGCUCAACAGAAUUAAUCACCUGGAAUCACC